AUGAAGAUCGUAGUUGCCAUCGCGCUCUUCCUGACCUUCGUGGAAGUGGAGAGUUCCCUACUGAUUGGUGCCUUCAACAUCAAGUCCUUUGGUGACACAAAAGCAUCUAAUCCCACUUUGCUUGACAUCAUUACAAAAAUUGUGCACCGCUAUGACAUCCUGCUCAUUCAGGAAGUCAGAGACAGUGAUCUCUCUGCAACCAAGAAACUGAUGGAGAAUGUGAACAAGGGUACUACCACAUAUAAUUACAUUGUCAGUGAACCUCUGGGUCGAAGCACUUACACAGAGAGAUAUCUCUUUAUCUACAGACGUCAGACAGUGUCUGUGGUGAAGAGUUACUUGUAUGAUGAUGGAUGUGAACCCUGUGGAACGGACACCUUCAUGAGAGAACCCUUCAAUGUCAUGUUUUCCUCCACUUCUUCAGUCGUGAGGAACUUCGUUCUUGUCCCUCAGCACACGUCUCCAGAUUCUGCCGUUUACGAGAUCAACGCUCUGUACGAUGUUGUUGCUGACAUAAGAUCCAAGUGGAACACUGAUGACAUACUGCUGAUGGGAGACUUCAACGCCGGCUGUAACUAUGUCACCAGCUCAGAGUGGUCGAAGAUUCGUCUCUUCACAGACAAGAGUUUCCACUGGCUGAUCCCCAACACAGCCGACACUACGGUCACCACCACCACCUGUCCCUACGACCGAAUUGUGUCCACUAACUACAUGAUGAGAGGGGUUGCUUCUGGCUCGGCGAAAGUCUUUGAUUUCCAGAGACAUCUGGGCCUGAGCCAGGAACUGGCUUUGGAUGUGAGUGAUCACUUCCCUGUGGAGGUCCAACUCAUAUGA